AUACACUAAAGACUCAAUGAAAUCAUUUAAGUCAUUGGACUCCUACAGCUACUUCGUGAAUGGAUUUGUCCAGGCCAUACUGUAUUCUUCAGUUAGUGCUGAUAGCCCUGUGUGUGUACUUCGAAGCAGAGUCACUCAUUCACAGAGCUUGACCAAACCCCCUGUGAGUACCUGGAUUAUGAUCAACAAAUCCACAGGAUCAGUAGUUGCUGCUCACUGCAUGUGCAUGGCAGGGCUUGGAGAGGCAUGCAGCCAUAUUGCAGCAGUAAUGUUCAAGUUGGAGGCAGCGAACCGCCUAGGUUACACUUCACAGGCAUGUACUGAAAAGGCCUGUAGUUGGAACAAAGACUGCAUGAAUGGGAGGGACUUAGACCCAUGUACCCUUAAAGAUCUUAGCUUCACAAAGCCUAAACAUCAGUCAAGUCAAGGCCGGCAAGAAAAUAGGUCAGUACGCCCACUCAACCGUACAUCAACAGCCACUUUAGGAGAUCUUGAUUUAGAUGCAUUUAAAAGGUGUUUAGAGUUAGAGGGCCAUCAAAAUGUUACACUGUGGGAUGUUGGGCUCUACAUAGACCCAGAUUCACCAUUUCUUGGAGCAUCUCCUGAUGCCAUGGUCAGUUGCACAUGUUGUGGGGUGCAGUGUGUGGAGGUUAAAUGUCCACACAACAACAAAAAAUGCACACAACCUAGAUCCACAAAGUUUUGCUGGAGCCAAAGCCAUUGA